AUGAAGACUACCAUCAUAGUGUUGAUUGCUAUUGUUAUAGCCUUUGCCUACAAACUCGUACUCGCUAGAAAACUUCGACACCACAACGCUCGGGAGUCUAUGCUACGAGGAUGCCAGCGUCCACCAAGUGUACCCACUAUCGGAUUAUUUGGGACAGGGACGUUGAGACAAAGCAUCAAAGCGACGAAAGAGGAAUGGGGACCUAUCUGGAUGCACGAAACGUUAAACUCUAUGGGAAAACAUGUCCACACAGUCAAAGCGGGUAUAUUUGACUAUGAACUUCUUGUCACGCGGGAUGCAGAAAAUGCCAAAGCGAUGUUCGCUGCACAGUCGCAGGAUUUCGAUAUUGGGCCGCAUCGUGAGAAAUGUUUCAAAUCAUUGUUGGGGUCUGGUGUAAUGACCAACCGACAACAGAAAUGGAAGCAUUCGAGAGCGUUAAUCAGGCCUCAAUUUGCUCGACACAAUGUGGCGGAUAUUGGCCUCUUUGAGCGCCAUUUCCAGAUAUUGCUUGAGAAAAUCCGGGUGAGUGACGAGGAUGGCUGGACCAGUAAACUGGAUCUUGCCCCUUUGUUUUCCAACUUUACCCUCGAUAUUUCGACAGAAUUUCUCUUCGGCCAGUCGGUCUAUUCACAAAGUCCAGACCGACGGGCUUAUACAAAGCUAGAAUGGGACCCUCGUGGCCCUGAUAUAGCACAAUUUGGGUAUCAUCUUGAUGAAGCCAAGCGUAUCAUCGAUCGAAGGGGUGCGCUUGCCAAAUACGGAUGGCUGGUCUAUGAUAGGUCGUUUCCCAGUCACUGCAAAGCAGUUCAAGAUGUUGUGGACCAUUUUGUGGCGGAAAAGGUAAAGGAGACUAUUUCCGUAGGAGAGGAUGCGGGUGUGGGAUUCUCGGGUGACCAGAAGUUUGUCCUGUUGAACGAAUUGAUAAGGGAAACGAAGAAUCCACUGGAACUUAGAAGUGAACUACUGAAUGUUCUUCAUGCGUCCAGAGAUACAACGGCAUCACUUCUAGGAUGGAUAUUCUACUUCCUUUCCCGACAUCAAGCAAUCUUUGAAAAGACUCGGGCGGAGAUAUUGCACAACAUUUCUGAUGAUCCAAUGUCAGACGUUACUUUUGACAAGCUUUGGACUUGUCAAUACUUACAAGCUGUGAUUAAUGAGACUAUCAGAUUUGUUAGCAUCGUGCCUAUGAACGAGCGAGUGGCUAUCCGAGACACUACAUUGCCACGAGGGGGCGGUGCUGAUGGCAAAAGCCCGGUGUUCGUGCCCAAAGACACUCAGGUGUUGAUACCUACAUACUCUAUGCAACAUCGUGAGGAUAUAUGGGGUCCGGAUGUGGAUGAAUACAAACCUUCAAGAUGGCAGGGCCGCAAAUUUGGAUGGGAUUUCAUUCCAUUUGGUGGCGGCUCAAGACAAUGCAUCGGCCAGCAAUUCGCGCGCACCAAGGUUAUGUUUACAGUUACCCGCAUGCUGCAAAUUUUCGAUGUGAUUGAAAACAUGGAGGGUCCAGGACCCAUUAAAAUGCAUCAUACCAUUGAGAAUAAAAGUGGUACUGGUGUACAAGUUCGGCUCCGCCGAAGACUAUAUUCGAGCUCAAAUCAGGCGUCAGGUAUGUUUCAUGAUUAUGGGCUAGGUGUGGAGCGAAGUGAGGAGCUUUUAUAG